ACUAUCAAACAUUCCGGAAAAACAAAAAAAAUCUCACCCUGCCACAAUGUCUUUUACUAUCAAAACUAUUUUAUUUUUUUAAGUUGAAAAUUGAAAUAUUUACAUUUUGGACUGACCGGAUUUGUAUUAACAGAACUGCAUAUUUCUGAAGCUUCCUUUAAUUGGGAAACAAACAAAAUCCAAGACAGUUAAUUUCAACGGUCACUCGUUUUCCAAGUCAAGGACGUUCACAUAAUUUCCAUCACAAUUUUUUAUUUUCUUCUUCUUCUUCUUCUUCUUCUUCUUCUACUUCUUUCCUCUUGAAAAUUUUUACCCUUCAAUUCUCUUCUUCUUCAAAUUCACCGUCAAAAAUCGUCAACCAGCAGGUUAGACCUUGCUUUCAGUUUGGUUAGAAAAAGAGAGAAAAGAAGAAAAAGGAAAAGGAAAAGGAAAGAGCUUGCUGACCGUAUCUACUGGCUAUGUUUUGAUCAUUUAUGGAAGUGAAGCCUUCAGUUUUAGAAGAUUUUUGCUGCAUGCUGCUUAAUUCAUGGAAUUUGGGAUGGGAACCUCACUUCUGCACUUGGAUGAUUGGUACAUGUAUUAUAUUAAUGUAUCAUUAGGCUUCAUUUCAUUCGUCCAGUAAAUAAUCACAUGGAAUUAUAAAGAGAUUGUGGUCAAAAUGGCUGCAAAAGAGACUUCACUUGAUAGAGUACGGAAGAAUUUGCAGGGCUUUAUGACCAUUUUAAAAUAUGCAGCUUGUGAAUUGCUUUUGACUUUUUUGCUGCUUAUUGAUGCUGUGUUCUCAUAUCUGCUGACAACAUUUGCGCGUCAUUGCAAACUACAAAUACCUUGCAUUUUGUGUUCUAGGCUUGAUCAUAUAUUGGGUAAUGAAAAACCUGGAUUUUAUUGUAAUCUACUGUGCAGAAACCAUAGAUCAGAAAUAUCAUACUUAUUUUCUUGUUGCAUACAUGGCAAGCUUGCUGAUGGCCGUGGCAUGUGUGAGGAAUGUCUCUUGUCAUUUACCAUGAAAACCAAAUCAAACACAGAUAUGAACAGGUUGUUAUUAGGUAAGUUUGGGUUUGAUCUUAGUACUUACGGUUGCCAGAGUCCAUUGCAAAACAAGGAACUUGGUACUGGGGCUACAGGUGUGAGGUUAUGCUCAUGUUGUAAUAAGCCUUGGCGAUCGAGACAACAGGCUGACAAACUAUUUCAGCUAAAAUCACCAAGGAGCGGGAAAACUAUGCCUUGUAUUCCUUUGCCACGUCGUUUGAGUCGCCGUGAGAGCUUAAAGAAAAUAAGGGAGAGAUUAUCUGGGUCAGCUUCUCCUGGCCAUCUUGGACAACCUGGUUUAGAUGGCUUGUCUCAAGUAGGAUACAUGGAGCUAAAGUUUGCUUCAGAUUCUGAGUCAGAUUUCCCAUUUUCUGAUGAUGAAGAAGGUAGUAGUAUUAUUCAUGAAAUGACGGAGCCUAAGGAAGAAUCUAAAAUUCAACAAACUCCAGGAGUUUCACCUAAACCACGGACCAGUUGUGUAGCAAGAGAUAACUUCCAGGAAGCUGAUCAGAAAGCCUAUCAGUCUGCAAUGCCUGAACAUCUUUCGCUUGCUGAUUUUCCUAUCCUUUCAUCUAGAAUUGAAGCUUCUGUUGCAAUAUCAACAGAAAAGCGUGAGAUCAAGUUUCCUCUUUCAGAGAAUUUAAAAAAUCAUUCUGCUCUACCUGAGCUCAUGCCUCUAGGUUAUGCUCCCUCAUCAUCCAAUGUUGUUGAAGGUCCUCCUGAAGCACCACAAUCAGCAGAUGACACUGGAACAAGCUACACUAGAAAUGUUCCCAUCAACAUGCAUCAGGAAAUAAUGAGGUCAAUAACUGCAACAUCAGGCGGAGGUGUUAAAAAUGAUAGGGUUGAUAACAAGGUGCCUCCUAUAAAUCCAACUUAUAUGAAUCAGAGUGAUAGCAGUAAGGAAAAUGAAGCAUCUGGUUUUGCUGCAGAGAAGUCCGCUAUGAAAGAAGCCGAAAGAGUUAAUGAAGACUCGAAGUUGUCGUCCAUAUACAGGGGAAUCACCAGCACAGAAGGUGAUGAAUUGAGGACAACUAAUGCUUCCAGAUCUAAUGGAGUUCAAAUACUUGAGGAAACAGUUCCAAUGGAAAGAACGGAAUCUUCUAGUGCUGAAUCACUUGAUGAAGGUUUUGUCCAUGAGAUUGAAGGUGAAAGCAUUGUUGAUCAAUUAAAGCGACAAGUUGAAUGUGAUAAGAAAUGUAUAAAUGCUUUGUAUAAGGAGUUAGAGGAAGAAAGAAGUGCUUCUGCAAUAGCAGCAAAUCAGGCAAUGGCCAUGAUAACAAGAUUACAAGAAGAGAAGGCCGCACUUCACAUGGAAGCCCUGCAAUAUUUAAGAAUGAUGGAAGAGCAAGCGGAGUACGAUGUAGAUGCACUAGAGAAAGCUAAUGAUCUCCUGGCUGAAAAGGAAAAGGAAGUACAAGAUUUGGAAGCAGAACUUGAGUUUUUCAGGUUAAAUUUCCCAGAAGUUGAUGUUAAUGGUCCUCCUGGCUCAAUCUCCAUGGAGGUUUCACAUGACGGAGAAAAUAUUAUCGAUGUCCGGUCUUCAUGGGCAGAAUUUGAAGAGGAAAAAUUAUUCCUUGCAGAAUGUUUGAAGGAUUUGGAGGAGAAAUUUCAUCAAAUUGCGCAGCAGAAGGCUUCAGUGCACAUUUCUAAGAGCAACUCUGAAGAAACCGUUAACAAGGAAGAUUCUCUAGAAAAUGAGGAGACUGAAAUAAAUGGUGAAAUGGAAGAGAAUAACAAUAUAAAGAAAGCUUCAAUUGAUGAAGAACAAGGACAUAAGUUCUCCAAGAAAGAUAAAGAAAUUGAUUUGGUGGCACUUGGAAAUGAAAUCUCAGAACUUAAUGAAAGAUUGGAAGCACUUGAGAGCGACUGGAACUUCGUUGAGCAUACUUUUUACUCUCUUCUAACUGGAAAUAAAGAGGGACUAAAGUUUGUUAAAGAAAUAUCUCAUCAGCUACAAGAACUGCGAAAAACUGUAACAGAGAAAGCAUUAUUAUCAGGUUAGAAUAUGGAUACAAAGAAAAGAAAAAUAGUUUGUAUUGACAAUUCACAUUUCUUAGUAAUCAAAAUACUUAGCAUGUGAAUUUUGCUAUUAUAAUAUCUUCAAAAUUGGAUA